GCCAAAAAAUUGCGAUGUUUUUUUUUUUUUAUUUCCGUAAAAAAAUCGUGUCCGCUCCGUGUCGGUUCUAGACGUUACUUCUGCUUUUUUCGGAAGUUACCGGGAUUUAUCGAUACUUGAAAAAAUGGGUGACAGAAUAGCGUUGUCGUCUACUGUAAAGAUAAAAUACAAACACACAUCUAAAGUUGUGCCCAUAAUAGUCAACAGACUCUACAGUUUCUCCAAACACUGUACAUGGAAUGAGGUUUUGAAUGAUUUGACAGCGGACGGCGACCAUAACAUAGACAAGUUGGACGAAGUAACUGUCACCGUGUCGGACAAACUUGCCAACGGUGUAACUUUUGAGCCAGAUUUUGAAGAACAGAUACAAGUGGUUCACAACUUUGAUAAAAAAUUGAAAUAUGUACAAUUUGACGUGAUAAGAGACUUAGAACCAAAUAACAAUGUACCAAAAGGUCAAAAUCCUCCUACAUGUUCUACAGCUUUCGAUGUUUUGAUGAGAAAGUCCAGCACACUGACAAAGCUCCCUCAAAAGAUUGAUGAAGCCUCUCCCAGAUUUACAGGGGAUGUUCUACAUGGAAAAGUUUUCACAAGACUCCAGCUUGCAUGUACCAGUCACAUUGAAUUUGCAUACUACAGCUCGGAUGUUGGCCGCAAAGACAUAUGUGCAUAUUGUGUUGCAACAGAGAUCCAAAAGGACAAGGACUUGUGCAAAAACUUUAAAGUUGUGCUGCCAGUUUGUGACUUGUGUCGUUCAAAAAAAUUGGAAGUCCCAAAGAGAAAUCCAAUUAAGAAAUAGUUAAUUCUAGUCUGACAAUCAGUUAAUUCUAGUCUGAUAUUCAUCCUCUCUAAGUCAUUCUUUUUAACAUGUUGUUUAUGAUAUUUGUUUCUACUUGUUUCUAGUCAAGAAUAAAUGUUUUUUGUUUAUUUUCA